GAUGAAACCAAAAGCUAUUUGUAUAAUGAAUUAUGGAGAUUAUGUGCUGGACCUUUGUUUGGUCUUCCAAAAUCUGGAGAAAGACUUGAAGCAUCUAAAAAUAAUGAGUUGGCCCAAAUCCAGCCACUUUAUGAUAUUCCUUCAAAGCUUUCAUGCAAUGUUAUUGGAAUUCAGCUAAAGGUAGAAAACUAUGCAAAUGAAUUGUAUGCCGAAGUGGCUUUCCGGCCAGAUACAACUGAAGUUGGAAUCCCUAUUCCAAGUAGCAAUCAAGAAAUUCCACAAAUUUAUUAUUUCACCAAAGAUAUAUCUCAUCUUACACCAACACAAGAAAUAGUUGCAAAAGAUCUGCAUGAUCGUGAAUGGAGAUUUAAACAUAUAUUUAGAGGUACACCGCGUAGGCAUCUUUUCACAACUGGAUGGAAUGCAUUUGUGACCGCAAAACAAUUGGUCACUAGAGAUUGUUUUAUAUUUCUUAGAGGAGAAAACGGGGAGACGCUAAUUGGAACUAGAAGAGUAGGUCACCGAGAAGGCAACAUAGCUUCAUUACUUAUUUCUUCACAUAGUAUGCAUCAUGGAGUAAUAGCUUCUGCAAUGACUGCUAUUAUAACAAAAAGUAUGUUUACUGUGUUCUAUAAGCCAAGGUCAAGCCAAUUCAUUGUAAGCUUUGACAAAUAUUUAGAUGCAGUGAACAACAAGUUCAAUAUAAAUUCAAGAUUGACAAUGUUAUUCGAAGAUGAUGACUUUAAUGAAAAAAGAUACUUUGGAAAAAUUACAAAAAUAGAAGAUUUCUCUUCUUAUUGGAAGAACUCUGAAUGGCGAAAUUUAAAAAAUACACCUAAAAAAGAACCUAAUAGAAUUUCAUCUUGGGAUAUUGAACUUUUAGCACCUUCAUCAAAUGCUCUUGAAUCGUCAUUGCUUAAGAACAAACAUCAACGCCAACUUGUUGAAAUAGGUUCGAAUUUGUGGACUCCUACACUUACUCAAGGCCAGGAAAUUGACCAAUCAAGCAUGAAUGCUCUGACCAAUGUUUCUCAAUUUAGUUAUCAUGAUUCAGUCGAUGAUUCUAAGAUUUCAUCUGGCUGGCUAAUGAAUUACGUAGUCCCAACCAAAGAAACCGUUGGUACAACCACUAGGUACAAAUUGUUUGCAGUGGAUCUAGGGGCUCCCACCAUCUCAAAAAAUACUGUGGGACUAAUUGACUCAAAUGAAAAGUCAGAAAUUUCUAAAAUCUGUGAAGAAAAUAAGCUCGGCCAACCCCAAGGUUUUACAAUACCAAAAAAUAAUGAAAAAAGCAAAUCAAGUCUCAUAGAAGUCAUGCAAGGUGUAGCCAUAGAGAGAACAGUGGAUUUAACUGUUCUUGGUGGAUACAAUGAGUUGAUCGGUGAGUUGGAGAAACUCUUUGAUCUUGAAGACGAAUUGCGUAUACCUAAUCAAUGGGAAAUCAUUUUCAUAGACGAUGAAAAAGAUAUAAUGCUGAGAAUUUUGCAACAUGGUAAAAAAAAUACUGACAUGCCCAAAAGAGAAGGUAGCGGUAAUGAAAUCGGGGAUGACAGUUCUCUGAAGGUGUCUCAGCUU